AUGGCGAGUGCGAGUGCGAGUGCGAGCGCGAGUGCUAGCGCUGAAUAUGGGGGUGAACAAGUAAACUACGAUCCAAAUUCCGAAUCCGAGGAGUCGGAAUACUCGGAUCACGAUGAUGAUAAAGAAGAAUCGGAUGUUAAAACGGAUGAAGGAGUCACAUUAAAUUUCAAAAUCGAUUCGCACUAUCGCGUAACCCCCUCGUCGAAUGGACAAACAAGUCCCAGAAAGGGUGCGAAUGGCACCUCGACGGCGUGUCAUCCGAAUUAUGGAUUUGGUAAGCGUUGGUCCAAAUCUGAGGAUUUAUUGCUCAAGUCUAUGGUGGAGAAGCAUGGCGAGAACUGGGAGAUUAUCGGGCCCCAUUUUAAGGAUCGAUUGGAGCAGCAGGUGCAGCAGCGUUGGGCCAAGGUGCUUAAUCCGGAACUCAUCAAGGGCCCGUGGACGCGUGACGAAGACGAAAAGGUUAUUGAGCUGGUGCGCAGCUUUGGGCCCAAGAAAUGGACGCUGAUAGCUCGGUAUCUCAACGGGCGGAUUGGUAAGCAGUGCCGCGAACGGUGGCACAACCACCUCAAUCCCAAUAUAAAGAAGACCGCAUGGACCGAGGAGGAGGACAGGAUCAUUUACCAGGCCCACAUUCAGCUUGGCAACCAAUGGGCAAAAAUUGCAAAGCUUCUGCCAGGUCGCACCGAUAAUGCCAUUAAGAACCAUUGGAACUCGACCAUGCGCCGUAAAUAUGAUGCUGAGCGCAGGACGGCGAACGCAUCUGGAAGUGAUCUGAAGAGUUCGCGAACCCAUCUCAUCACCCUGAUCAAGUCGGGCGGCAUUGGCAAGUGUCUGGCCAAUUCGCAAGAGAAGAUUGUUUCUGAGAAAACAGAAGACAAGGAAAUGGUCAAAACAGAAGGCAGUGAUGAAAGCCCUAAGGAGACGGAUUCUGCUGGAACUGAACCUCAAACGGAGUCUUCUGUGCUUCCCCAGUCACUGGCAAAAAUGACGACCCUACCCCGGAAAACUCCCAACAUACUGAAGCGCUCUCGGAAGCGUACGCCCGAACCUUCUCAGUCUCAGCCACAACCAAUUGGAGAAGUAAAGCCGAGCAGGCUCCCGGAGUCCCCCGUCAUUACGCCGAUUAAAUCAUUACCAUUCUCGCCGAGUCAAUUCCUCAAGUCUCCAUGUUUGACCACAUUCGAGGAUAUGAACUUGCGAGCCAGUACGCCCGUUACGAAGAUCUACAAUCGCGUUGGAAUGGAGAUCAAAAAGGAAUUGGAGUCAUCGUCUAUCGAAACGCCGCACAAGAGUCAGCUUGGACCGCGAACGCCAACACCCUUCAAAAAUGCGCUAGCUGCUAUUGGCAAGAAGCGAGACGGUCGACAAUAUGAACCUUCUAGCCCGUCCAGCCUGGUGGAGGAUCUGGCUGAAAUUAUUCACGACGAACAGCUGAACGAUUCGCAAUCUACACAAAACUCGAGAAACUGUUCCGGUGUUGAUAUUCGAAAGGGCCGACGCGACUACAGAAGCUCGUUGAGCGUUGAUAACAACAAUAGUGCGACCAAGUCGGUGUCGCCACACCAGAAACGUGCCAGGAAAUCAUUACUAUCAACUUGGAGCACCAACCACCUGCCUAAUGGUGGGGGUGACAGCACCACCAAGAGAAUCCAGCCCUUUGAGACGGAGACGCCGAGUAAAUUUCUAUCAUCGCCAUGCAGCAUAAUGAAGGACACCUUGUGCAGCGAACAGGACCUGCCGUUCGACGAGGGCAGAAAGGAGAAUAGCAGGCCAUACCAUUCCAGUCGAAGUCGCUAUACGUUCCGAGGUCUGUCGUCGUCCUCCUAUGACCAUGUCAUUGAUCCCAAAUGGGCACGGGUGGCUUGUGGCAAAACCAAAGAUCAGCAGUUUAUGGAGGAGCAGGCGCACGCAUGUCUUAAAAACCUCUCCUGUCUCCCACGUUCCCUUAACUUUGAGAAACAAAAAAUAAUGGGAAAAUACGAUCGCUUUGGUUCGAUUUAAAAAAUCUCUUUUGCAACAUUUAUGAUCCAGUAUGAAUUAUAUCAUUUUAUAUUAUACACUAAAAUUGUAUGUACAUACAGUAUAUGCUUGCUUGCUAGCAUAUAUAUAUUUAAUAUAUAUAAUAUUUAAUGAAGGCAACCAAUUUAUUCUUCGCAUACAAACUGCAUUUUUGUAUUUUUGCAAUAAAACUAUUAUGCAUUGUUACACAACAAAUAUUUUUUACAUCUUUUUUUUUACAUUCACUUGUAUAAUCUGAUCAAUCGAAAUAAACUCAUGAUUAAUGUCAUUAUCACGUUUUUAUCAUUUCCUAUUAACUUGGACCCCGAAAAAGAAACAAUUUUAGAUGGGUUUCAGAGACUAGAAGCAAGCCAUACAAAUGUAUAACGUUAUCUUAAGUGCUAACUAUAAUAAUAAAUUACUGGAAUUAAUAAAUUCUACAGUUAUUCUAUA